AACGCGCGUUCAAACGUCGGCGUGCGUCCACUCAAAAACGGUCGGCCGGUUCUUGGAGGCUCUUGUUCGGCGCCACGGUUAGGUUGUUCGCGUACGUCCCGGUCGCGCGUAGUUUUUGGUUUUUACGGUUUAAAAUAUUUUUCAAAAAUCGAUUUGCCCCGUUUUCGAUCUCGGACGAGUGCCGCGGCGAAGUGGCCGCCCGCUAAAUCAGCUAUACCCACCGUUCGGUCGUCAGCGGUCUUGCAAAUCAUUUUCCUCGUCCGGUUUCCUCUGCUGCCGCGCGGCGCGUCUCUCGGCAGGUAAAUAACACAAAAUCACCGUGAUACGAUAAAUCUACCGACGCGACAAACGAGAAGUGUACGACGACAAUAUAAUAUAUACAUAUAGAUAUAUAUGUGUACAUACAUAUAAAUUAGGUAGCCGUUCAGCACCACCACCGCAACAGGACGUCCGCAGCAGAUUUACUUACCAUACUGGUUACGGAUAGAAUGUGACGUCUAGUCUCAAAAUGGUGCACGCAGGUACAGUGCUCAUAAGUGCUAUAAAGUUUGCAACCAAGGUAGCUGGAGGUGGAAAGCUACUGUUUUUACCUACGUUCUUGGCCGCUUUAGCCUACUACAAUUAUGACCUGUACGACCCGGAGAACCGUUUGGUAAACGAGAAGAAUUUGAGAUCUGAGUAUGAUUUCAUAGUGGUGGGAGGAGGUUCGGCAGGCGCUGUUGUCGCUAAUCGUCUAUCCGCGAACCCGGAAUGGAACGUACUUCUACUGGAAGCUGGUGGACACGAGUCCGAGAUUACAGACGUGCCAGCUAUAUCGUUGUACUUACAUGGCAGCAAGUAUGACUGGAAGUAUAAAACGCAGCCGGACAGCUCGGCGUGCCAGGCGAUGAAGGGCAAUCGGUGCUGUUGGACCCGGGGUAAGGUGAUCGGCGGUUCUAGCGUGUUGAAUACCAUGUUGUACGUGCGGGGCAACAAGCGAGACUACGACAACUGGGAGAGGAUGGGCAACCCCGGUUGGGGGUUUGAAGAUGUGCUUCCGUACUUCAAAAAAUCGCAGGAUCAACGAAAUCCAUACUUGGCCAAAAACACCAGAUAUCACGCCACCGGAGGUUAUCUAACCGUCCAAGACUCACCGUGGAACACGCCUUUGGGCAUCGCAUUUUUGCAAGCCGGCGAAGAAAUGGGUUACGAGAUUCGAGACACCAACAGUGAAAUUCAGACAGGGUACGGAUUAUACCAGUUCACGAUGCGCCGGGGUUAUCGGUGCAGUUCAUCAAAAGCUUUUUUGCAGCCAGUGAGGCUGCGUAGGAAUCUGCACGUGGCACUGUGGUCACAUGUGACUAAAGUGCUCAUCGACCCGGAGAGCAAACGGGCUUACGGUGUGGAAUUUGAACGUGACGGCCGAAAGCGGGUUGCUCUGGCCAAAAGAGAGGUCGUGCUGUCCGCAGGAGCUAUCAACAGUCCUCAAUUACUUAUGCUCUCAGGCGUCGGACCGGAAGAACACCUAAGAAGUAUCAAUAUACCAGUAAUUCAUCAUUCACCCGGCGUCGGUGAAAACCUUAUGGACCAUGUGGCCGUUGGCGGUCUAGUCUUCCCCAUUGACUAUCCAGUUAGCUUGGUCAUGAACCGUGUAGUCAACAUACCGGCAGCCUUGAGGUAUGCUGUGCUGGGCGAAGGACCUUUAACGUCGUCCAUCGGACUGGAGACGGUGGCAUUCAUCACGACCAAAUACGGAAACCAGUCUGACGACUGGCCCGACAUCGAGUUCAUGUUGACAUCCACGUCGACCAAUUCGGACGGCGGCACGGCAGCGCGUAAGGCUCACUGUCUGCGCGACGAUUUCUACAAUGAGCUGUUGGGCGAUCUCAACAACAAGGACGUAUUCGGGGUGUUUCCGAUGCUGUUGCGGCCCAAAAGUAGGGGACGCAUACUGCUCCGGAGCAACAACCCGCACCAGUACCCUUUGAUGUACCACAAUUAUUUCUCGCACCCUGACGAUCUGCGGGUGCUGCGCGAGGGCGUCAAGGCAGCGGUGGCGGUGGGCGAAACGACCGCCAUGAAACGAUUCGGCGCCCGAUUCCACGCCAAGCCGGUGCCCGGUUGCAAGACCCUCGAGUUGUUCACCGACGAGUACUGGGAGUGCGUGAUACGUCAGUACACCAUGACCAUAUACCACAUGUCGGGCACAUGUAAAAUGGGACCACCUACUGAUCCUUUUGCCGUAGUCGAUCCAAAGCUUAGAGUGUACGGGAUUCAGGGAUUGAGAGUGAUUGACGCCAGUAUAAUGCCUCAGAUCACUAACGGUAACAUCAAUGCCCCGACAAUUAUGAUUGGCGAGAAAGGUUCCGACAUGAUAAUCAACUAUUGGAAUGGUAUUGACGCAAAAAGAAGAAGACGAAGGAGUGCCAACAUUACUAUUAAUUAGGACAAAGUCGUCUCUUUUGAAUUUGCAGCCUAUUGAGGUUGAGUCCUCGAUCAUAUCAAUACGUAUGUCAAGUUGUAUUGCUCAAUUUUUAUAAACAUGUAUUAUACGUAGAUAAAUUAUAAGAUCAAACGACUAUUAUGGUUAUACUAUUUUUAUGGAUAUUUUCUUCUUUACACUUUUAAAGUCGCAAUUAUGCUUUAAAUUAUUUAUUUUUUUAAAACAUUUUGUAACUUAAUGUUGAAUUACUUGAAAAACUUAUCAAAACUAAUUGUAUGUUAUCAUUCACUCUAGUCUAGUUAUAAAUAUUAGUAUUGUUAUUAUUACUAUUGUAUUUCUUAUUGUUUUACUAUACUUCAUAAUUGUAAACCACUUUGGUAUUUUUUUUGUAUACUUAU